UUCCAACGUUGCUUACCGGCUCUCUCCCUUUCUCGUGCUCUCUACUAUACAGCUCUCUGUCUUUCUCGUCUGCUUCAAGCCGCGCGGCGCGGCAGACUGCAGAGCUCCGGGCGCGCGCGCCGCUCGGAGAGAAGCCCGCGAAAUCCGCUCUCGGAUAUGCACAAUUUGCGCGAGUUUAUUAUACGCGCUCUGCCAGUCCUCUGCUCUGGUAUAACGACGCUCCGCGAGUGCAGCAUACAACCCGCGCAUGUUUUCUAAAAAUCGCGCCGUGCGAUAUCAACUUGCUAUUUUACACCAGUGUUAAAAUUUGCCACUUUAUGCGUCGUUCGCAAAACAGACACACAGACUUGUUGCCUCAACUCAUUUCUGGUUUCUCGUCUGCUAAUUUUGUUCUUUUGUUUUUUCUCUUGACAACCAGAAAGUAGCUGUGUACGUGUUAGUGAUAUUUACCUUGACUUAUAGUUAUAUCAUUGAUGAAGUACUGCUGCAAUGACAAAGUUACGGUGUUCAAAAGAUCGUCGCUUGUUGAGAAACUGUUCUACGCGUGAGAAAUGAAAUAUCGACAAUUGGGAUGUUGAGAUCAAUGAAAAAUGAUGAUAAGACCAUACCAGUAUCGUAGUGCGUAACUUUGUGUUAUAAUGAUCGUAAAGUGUAUGCAGAGUUUGUGUAAGUUGAUUAUGAUGGGCCUCGUUCUUCAUGCAAACUAAAGGAAAACAACCGUCAAAAUAGUCUGGUCGAUGAUGGAUCUACGGACAGAUCGACCUCGAACAGCAGGACGCUUAGCGUCGGCUGGUCGAAACAUGCCGUCUGUUCAUCAAACUGGUGGCAGGCGCAAAGCCAUCCCCGUACCACCACCGAGAGUCCCAACACCGAUGCCAACACCUAAUAACAAUCAACAAAGAAGUAAUGUCUACGAUGUCCAACCUCCACCUCUAAGUGUUGCCACACAUAAGAAAGAGUCACAUGAUAUUACACGGAUAGCCAAGCGAUAUCUAGAUGACAAUAUGCAACAAGCCUGGAUAAAUCCAAGACUGAUUUCGAUGAUCAACAUGGAAGCCGUGACGUCAACGGAUUACAACUCGCUGAAUUUGAGUCGCAACAUGAAUCACCAGCCGGGGGGGCAUCACGUCUACGGCUACUCGAAGUACGAAGAGAAGCAGGCGAGCAAGCCCGCGCAGAUCGUUAAAUACGGCGAGGAUUACGCGGAGUACGGGAAAAAUUCGGUUCGUCUGACGGGCAUCAGCAAGCUCGCAUCUCGCAUCACUCAACAGCACAGCCAACAGCUCCAGCAGCAGGGCAACCUGGCGAGAUUCGAGCAGCGCUACUCGCGCGGCCACUCGCAGCCCGAGCGCCAGCAGUACCCGGGCCACGACGCUCGCUCCAAGUCCCAGGACUCCCAGAACGAGCUGACCUUUUACAAGAUCGAUCCUCCAUCCGCGAAGCUGCAACAACAGCAACAGCAGCCGCCGCAGGAUCACGUUAGCGGCAAAUCGAUGCACCGAUCGAUCCCCGUGCAGCCCGUGGGCAGGAAGGAUAACCAGCUGACCUUUUACCAAAUCGACACGCCGCUGCAGCAAGAGCGGAGCAAGGAGGUGCGCUUCUCCAAUGUCCACGCGAUGGCGGCGAGCGAGCGGAUCGAGAAGGUCCAUCAGCGAAAUAAGCAGCAGCAGCAGCAGCAGCAAAUGCAGUCGGAUAAGGACUGCUGCCAGUUGCCGGGCUACGAGCAGCCACCCAAGUAUCGGCAGUUUGCCGAGAAGCCGCCCAAGUACCAGGAGAUGCAGUCGCAGCAGACGCCAGCGCCGCCUAAGUACCAUCAGGAACCGCCCAAGUACUCGGAGCUGUCGUCCUCGAGGAAGCUAGACGAGCCCAAGCAAGUCCUGGGCGAUCGUGGAUCCAGCGCAGCGGCGGGAACGGCGGCAAGAACGCGGUGCAGCGCUCCUGGCUUCGGCUACACUGGCAGCGGCGCAGGGGUGUGGGUAGUAGGGGCCGCCGGCGCUGGAAGGGGAAGCAGCAACAGCAGCGUCAGCCAGCACGGGGCGCACGUCGCCGGCGCGCCGCCGGCAGCCGAGCCUCAGCCGCAGCAGCAGCAGCCCGUUAAUCCAGCCAGUAUCACACCGGCCGAGCGAGACUCGACACGUGCCAGCGCCGCCGCCAGUGUCAGUGUCGGUACGAGCAGCGCCAGCGCCGGAGCAGCGCGAGGCCAGCAGCUGUCGCAGAGGAGCAGCAACCCCCUGCACGGCAGCGGCAGUAGUAGCAGAGGAGCGACGAGCGAGAGCGGCCAAGGCGAGCCGCCCGCGAGCGGCAAGUCGAGGAUACCGAUCGCCGAGGGCUCGAGCAACGCCGCGGACGUCAGCUCCAAGUUCAAGGGCACGGUCAGCGCGAUCCUGAAGGCCGGCGAGGUCGUGCAGGGCCGGCCCUGCGAGAAGGCCGUGCUGAAGAUCGAGAAGUGCGUCAAGCUGCCGGCCUCGCUCGCCGAGAAGAUGAAGUCCUCGCAGGACGGACUCGCCGGCAAGUCCAAGGCCGCCGCGGGCCACGAGUCGGCCGCGGCGAGCCACGGCUUCGGCUACAAGGCCGAGAACGUCAAGUACUACGGCGAGCUCAAGGGCUGCUACGACUACAAGUCCUACGGGCACAUCGACAAGCUGCCGAUCUCGGCGCACGAGAAGUCCCAUCAGCUCGGACAGCCGGACAAGUGUCAGAGUGCCGUGAAAUCCGGACAGAGUUACGCGCACCCGAAGAACCCGACCAGUGUUUACAACAGUGACAAGUACAACGAGCACCACCACCACAGGAUGUCGCACAUGAAGCCGCUCAACGCCUUCCAGAUCUACCAGGAGACCAAGUACGCGUACAACGUGAGCGGGACCCCCGGGACACCGGCCCAGGCCAGCGCCGCCGCCGCUUUCUUUGCCAGGGCAGCGCAGAAGCUGAAUCUGUCGUCGAGUCCGCACCGUCGGCGGCGCUCGGGCGACGAGAAUGCUGCCCCGGACGAGCAGGCAAUCUGCCCAAACGGCUAUGCGGCGAUGCUCCUCAAGUCGCCGCCCCCGGCCCCGCCGGCGCUCAUCAGGAGGAUAGGCGUGAAGGAGCUCUCAGGUGUCGGAAAGGUUAAAGUAAUGUUGAGAGUUUCGUCAGGCGAGGGCGGAAGCUUCUUCAGCGCUGAUAAAAGAAAGAAGCAGGUGACGUUAAUCGACCCAGCCUCGGCACAAUCAUCUACGGCAGAAGAUCGCAGACCGACCGUAGCUGCUCCAAAGAUGUUUGCUUUCGAUGCCAUUUUCACGGAAGAAGACUCUCAGACGGAAAUCUGCUCGAGCGCUCUCACCGACGUCAUCCACGCGGUGAUCAACGGAACGGAUGGCUGUCUAUUUUGCUUCGGACACGCCGGACUCGGAAAAACGUACACGAUGCUGGGCACCGCGGAAGCCGGCCACACACUGGGCGCCAUACCUUGUGCCAUCGCCUGGCUGUUUCGCGGCAUCAGCGAGCAGCGCCAGAAGACAGGCGCGAGGUUCAGCGUGAGGGUCAGCUGCGUCGAGCUGACCACGGGCCAGCAGCAGCUGAGAGACCUGCUCGUCGCACACGCCAACGAUUCCGAGCAGUCUCCGUCGGUUUACUUAAGGGACGAUCCGCUCUUCGGCACACUGCAACUACAACAACACAGCGAGCUGAGGGCUCCGACUGCGGAGCGCGCCGCCUUCUACCUCGACGCGGCCGCGGCGGCCCGCCAGCGCGAGGACGGCGACACGCACAUGCUCUACACGCUCCACGUCUACCAGUACAGCGUCGCCGGAAAGGGCGGAGUGGCCGGGGGGCGCAGCAGGCUCCACCUGAUCGACAUCGGCAACUCGGAGCGCGGCAAGUCCUCCGGGGGCAUCCCGCUCUCGGGCUUGGGCAACAUCCUGCUGGCCAUAUUCAACGGGCAGAAGCACCUGCCCUACAAGGAGCACAAGCUCGCCCAGCUGCUAAAGGAGUGCCUGGGCUCACUGACCUGCCACGCGACCAUGAUCGCCCACGUCUCGCCCAACGCCCAGCGCUACAGCGAGACGCUGACGACGUGCCAGCUGGCCUCGCGGAUCCACCGCAUGCGCCGCCGCAAGAUCCGCUUCGUCAGCGGCGGCACGCAGAACAAUGGCAGCGGUGGCAGCUCGGGCGAGGAGGCGACCAGGCAAAACAGCGAGUGCGACCCCAGCUCGAGCGACCUCUCGGCCGACACCGUCAUCUACGUCGGGCCCAGCGCAGACGACGCCACCGACGGCGAGCACCCGCCGGUCUACAUUCCCAGUCUCAACUCCGGCGACAACAGGUGCGCGAUGAACAGGGUGCUGCGAGGCUCCGGGGCCGAGAAGCCCGGCAAGAUCCUCGAGGAGCGGAGUCCCGCCCACAAGAGCACCAAGGCCGUGAAAGCUCUCGCGCAGACGGCCUCGAAGCAGACGUCGCCGGCGCACAGCGCGACGCCCAAGGCGAGUCCGGCUCGCAAGUGCUCCUCGAAGAUACCCACGGCCAAGGUGACGGACUCCCCGACGAGCAAGAUUCCCGUGUCGACGGCCGGCGGGGCCUCCGACGAGCAGUGGAUCGACGGCCCGAGAAUAUCCAAGUCCAAGGUGGCCGAGGCUCGGCACCUGCUGAAGGACGCCACGCAUAAGCGGGAGACCUGGAUAGACGGGCCCAUGCAGAUGACCGGGCCCGCGCCGCUGGUUCUCCACGCGCAGCAGCACUCCGGCGGCUACGGCUUCAUGGACAGCCACAAGAAGAGCAUGAUCAGAAAGUGGGUGGAGAACCAGUCGUCGCAGAUACAGCGCAGCAAGCACGGCUCCUCGUCCGCGAGCUCUCGACAGGUGUCGGAUGUCAAGCUGAGCACCGGCAGCAGCCUGGCGCAGUUCAAAGAGCUCACAACCUUCAAGACCUGCAGCAGCAGCGCCGGCGGCGACGACGACGACACCUCCCUGUCGACGACGGAGAGCGACAGCCUCAAAGUCAACGAGAUCGAGGAUAUAACCGAGAAGCUCGGGGCUAAGCUGAACCUGCUGAACAUCAAAUCGAAUACGGACUCCGGCUUGGACUUGACGGGCAGUCCCCUGAUGGACAGUCUCGAGAGGCUGAGCAGGACGCUGGACAUGCUGGAGGACGACGACGACGAGGAGGAGAUCGUCGUGCCGCCGCCGCUGCCGCUGAUCGAGCCGCUGAGCAACGGGGUCAGCAGAGAGGUGUCGAUGGAGAGCUUGAACUUGUCACACAAGGACAUCAUAUCGCUGCAGCCCUCGAGGCAUUCCAUCUCCUCCGAGGACGAGAUUCUCGAGAUAGUCCAAGUCGACGACGGGGAGCAGGCGUCGAUGCAGGACUCGUGUUUGCAAGUUACCGAGGAGGACAUCGCGCUCUGCAUGGGCGACAAUCCGGCUUCCGAAGCGGGCCUGGACGAGCACCCCCUGAGGAUACUCAGUCAGGAGAAUCUCACCGUCGUCUCGACUUUCACGGAUUCGCUGUCCGUGCUGUCGGAAACCGAGCGUUACAGGUCGCAUUUUGCGCCUCCGGCGGGCAUGGGAAUGCUGCCGCGGCCUUACUUUGACCACGAAGACUUCCUCGAGCAAGAAAACCGACACAAGUUCGACCAGCUGGCUCGACUCCACGAACUCUACCAAAGCAAACUCGCCCUUGCCAACGUCACUAAUUCUCUGACUUACCAGAGAGAAAAGUCGUCGGCAGCCAGUGUCCGAGAGCAGCCCUCAUCCACAUCCGGAGCCUUCCGUCCACCGUCGCGUUGCCAGUCGCUCUCGCUCUCGGACGUGCUGUUCAACGACGCGGCCAGCAACCACGGCAGCAUCUACAGCGAGCCGGCCUACGUAGCCGGCAAGAGCGAGCAGGACAAGAUCUGCGACAACUGCCGGCAGAGCAUGACGCGGCCGGCGACCGCAUCCUUCUGGUACCCGAGCAGCGUGGCUCACCUGGCCAGUCCGCGGCGCUACUGCGGUCGCCUCGGCGAGUGCAACAUCUCCAGCCUCAGGCAUCCGGACGGCGCCUCCAAUCCGAACCUCAAGGAGGAGAUCGAGAGGAUACCGGGCAACGGCGCCUCGGGCUCCGAUCCCGAGGAGGAGUACAUUGAGGCGAAGAAGCUUUUCGCCUCCACCGCCACCAACACCGCCACCUUCCUGCAGAGAGUCAACGAGCGAACGGUCACCGGCAAGUCCGACAUCGAGGAAGAGAUCCAGUUUCCCAGCUUCAAUAUUCCAAUGCCGAUGCCCAUAACCAUCCCGUCCUCGAUACCAUCCUCCAUACCAUCCUCCAUACCAUCCUCCAUACCAUCCUCCAUACCAUCCUCCAUACCAUCCUCCAUACCAUCCUCGAUACCGUCGCCCAUACCGUCUUCCAUACCGUGCUCCGGAAGAAUGCAGAGAAAGAUCCUGAGCCUCGGUUCAUCCCUUGGCCUCAACAAGGACGACUACGACUCUGGAGCCGACUCAACCUCGCGCGCUGCCAAAUUCUCGCCUGCGACCCUCUCGAGACACCGGGCCGAAAGCUCCGGCUACGACAGCGUCGUCCGUGACAGCGAGACCAGCAGCAUAGCUAGCGAUUCGUCCAGGCAGACCAGCGCUCUUCAAGAACAUCACAGUGGCGCGCUGGGUGUUUUAACGUCGACGUUGUGCGGCUGUUUCAGCGGUGGGACGACCGGGAGGGUCCGCGCGCCGGGCCCAGGGCCGGCCAGCUCUCGCGGCCACGCUCGCGUACAGCGCCGCGGACGCGGCGAUGCUGGACAGAUACGGCCGAGUGCGCACACUGCCGCCUGGCACAGCAUCCAAGAUUCGCAGCCUUCGUCUGCGCCAGCGCCUUCUUAAGCGCGAGCUGCGCGAGACCAAGAAGAGGCUCAUGAUACCCGACAAUCGAUGGACCUUUGAGCUGCACGUCGAGGACAGCAUGAACUGGACGCAUCCCGGCUUCGUCGAGGCUCUAGAAGCGGAGACGAAUAUUCUGCAGAAGCGAGUGGAGGCUUGCAAGAGUCGCGUGAUGCUGGUCA